CUGUCGUUCGUCCUGUCAGCAGACCCCCCCCCCCCCCCUUCCUCUGCUCUCUCUCUCUGACUACUCUUCACCUCCGCUCCUUCACUCCACUGAUCCUGCAGAAGUCUGAUUGCAUUCUGGGUAAGUCCCUAUCACCGUGCCCCUCCAUUAAGUCCCAGAACUGUGAGGAUGGAGACGUCGGUGAAAGCAGCCGAGGUGUUGGUGCCGCCACCCACUGAGGACUCUGAAGUUGAGGAGGCAGCUCCUCUGGCAGCCUGUGCCUCCUCUUCCUCUCCUUCCCCUUCCUCCUCCUCCUCCUCUGACUUCUUCGACCCCAUGGAGGAGUUCAGCAGACGUCUGGAGGACAUCGUCAGCACUUACGGCUCUGCAGCCAGCGUCCUGGACAAACAGGGUGGGGUGGAGGCAGAGAUGGAGAAGGUGAAGAAGGAAGCUAAAGAAGACCUCACAGUUAACAUGGAGACAGAGGUCGCUCUGAUCACCAAGAGUCUGAACACACUCAGCUCCCCAGAGCAGAAACUGGAAGAACUGGUGAAGAAGUAUGCUGAACUGGCCGCCCAGCGCCGCGCUGACGAGAAGAAGCUUUGCGCGCUGCAGCAGAGGAUGUCCCUCCUGCUGGACGAGCGGCAGCAGCUGCAGGCCGAAGGUCACAGCAGCAUCACAGCUCGCAGCAAACUGGAGACUCUGUGCAGAGAGCUGCAGGGCUACUACAGCGUACUCAGGGAUCAGACCCUGAAGCGCUGCAGGGAGGAGGAGGAGAAGCGAAAAGACAUAACCGGACACUUUCAGACCAUGCUGGAAGAGAUUCAGACUCAGAUCGAGCAGCACAGCUCACGAAACGACAAGCUGCACCAUGAAAACAUGAACCUGACGGAGAAGCUGGAGAGUCUGAUGAGCCAGUGUGAGAUGAGGGAGGAGAGUUUGGAGAAGAUCAACCAGCGUCGCGAUCUGCAGCAGAAACUGACUGAAGCCAAACUGCAGCAGGCCAACGCUCUGCUGGCCGAGGCCGAGGAGAAACACAAGAGAGAGAAAGAAUACUUACUGGUUCAGGCUGCUGAGUGGAAACUGCAGGCUCAGACAUACAGAGAGCAGGGGACUGUCAUGCAGGCGCAGCUCACCCUUUAUGCUCACAAGUUUGACGAGUUUCAGGAGACUCUGGCAAAAAGCAAUGAAAUCUACGUCCGCUUCAAAAAGGAGAUGGAUAAUAUGUCAGAAAAGAUGAAGAAAAUGGAGAAAGAGUCAAAUCUGUGGAAGACAAGAUUCGAGAACUGCAACAAAGCUCUGACUGACAUGAUUGAAGAGAGAACUGAGAAAAGCAAAGAGUACGACCUGUUUGUCCUGAAGAUCCAGAAGCUGGAGAGGCUUUGCCGCGCGCUGCAGGAAGAGAGGGUCGUCCUCUAUGAAAAAAUUAAAGAUGUCCGCAAAACUAACUCCAAGAUCUCCCGCACUUCUGCCGCUGACGACAACACCAACCCCGAGAGCGCUGAAAAAUCUGCCAUGCUGACCCCUGAUGACCUCCAGGAGCUUCAGCAGAUCCAGGAGGAGGACCCCGUCUUGACAGAGGACAUGAGCCGUCUGAAAGAGCAGCAGACCAAGCUGAAGGAGUUCGCUGCCGCAUUGCUGGGGACACCCAGUGACAAUGAAGAAGAGGACCACGGAGAUUUAAAUCCUGAUGAAGACGUGAUGGCUUCUGCAUUCAUCCAGUUCACAACCAAAUCUAAGGCCAAAGAAGGAGUGGUAGAAGACAAAUGGGAGAAAGUCGAACCAGAAAAAGAACCAGAGGCUGAAAAAGUUCAAACCAUCAUCAGCAAAGAAGACGAGCAGCCUGUAAAACCAGAUCAGGAACACCCAGCUGAGCUGGCAUCAACAUCAGAGCCUGAGAAAGUCCACAUUAGUCCACCAGCUGAUACAAAACCAGAAGCAACAGAAGCUGAGAUCAAACCAGCAGCCCCGGUGGAAGUCAAUAAAGUCCCAGAUGAACCAGUAAAAGUUCCAGAGGAAGCCCCAGUAAAAGUCCCAGAUGAACCAGUAAAAGUUCCAGAGGAAGCCCCAGUAAAAGUCCCAGAUGAACCAGUAAAAGUUCCAGAGGAAGCCCCAGUAAAAGUCCCAGAUGAACCAGUAAAAGUACCAGAGGAAGCCCCAGUAAAAGUUCCGGAUGAACCAGUAAAAGUACCAGAGGAAGCCCCAGUAAAAGUCCCAGAUGAACCAGUAAAAGUACCAGAGGAAGCCCCAGUAAAAGUCCCAGAUGAACCAGUAAAAGUACCAGAGGAAGCCCCAGUAAAAGUCCCAGAUGAACCAGUAAAAGUACCAGAGGAAGCCCCAGUAAAAGUUCCGGAUGAACCAGUAAAAGUACCAGAGGAACCAGUAAAGGUACCAGAGGAAGCACCAGCCAAAUCAGAACCAGAGCCCUGUAAAAACACUCCUAAGUCGACUCCCCUCUCCAACGCAGAACCGUCCAAGAAGCAGACAGCAAAGAAAAAGAAGAAGAGGACCCCCAAGAGCGCCAGCUAAAGCUGAGCAGAAGAGAUGAGUGUGGGUUAAACGAUACUGAGUAGUGUUUGUGCUAUAGUGCCUUUGCACAUUUACAAAGGUUAAAAUAUUUAGUUUGUCCAAACUGGUGCAGGAGAAAUGAUGCUGUAAUCAUUUUCUCAUGAUUCUCAGUGAAACCAGAGGCAGACAGACAUGAAACCAACUGUUUUAACAGUUUGAAUAUUUGAGUUUAGUUUUGGUGUGCUGGAGGGAACUAGGGGCUUUGCUGAGGAACUAAUGAUUACAUUGAACAUGUGAUUUUUCUGUAUGACAUAUGAAGUGCUGAAUAAAGUAGUUAUUUUUGUCCUUAUGUAAAGGGAAAAGCCCAAACCAUGCUGGUGUCCAUGCCAGUAAAAUCAAAGUAAACUUGAAAUCACUUUGCAACUCCAAUAAAGUACUUUUUAAAACUUUC